CGGGAAGUGACGUCCGAAUUCGCAAGCCUAUAGCAACAGUUGCUGGGAAGCGGAGAAGGGAACGCUGUGCAAAAGUGGAGGGCCUAGAGAUCUACAAUGGCUCUUCUAUCUGAUGAGACUGCAGCAGAUCUACCUGUAAGGGACCUAGGACCAGUUGCUACAGGAAAUGCUGCAAUACAAGAUGCCACUUCUUUGCAGUCUGUUAAGGAAAGGCAAGCUUUAUCGCGUAUUAGCAGAGAAGAGCUGGAGGACAGAUAUUUGCGCAUCCAUGAUGAAAAUCUAUUACUAAAGCAGCAUGCCCGCAAACAAGAGGAAAAAAUAAAGAGAAUGGCAACAAAACUGAUACGCUUAGUGCAAGACAGGAAGAAAGCUGAACAAGGGUCUGGAACCUCAAGAAGGUCAGGAAGAGAUGUGGAGUUAGAAGAGAUUAUUGAACAGCUUCAAGAGAGAGUCCGUGAACUGGAGAAGCAAAAAGAGAGUCUUCAGCACAGACUGAUAGCAGCUAAACAGCAGCUUCAAACCCAGGGCCACCGUCACUCCCCUUACAAUUAUGUACAAUCUCGUGUCAACUCUGGACUGCGCAAAGUGGCAGAAGGAGUUCUAAUGCAUGAGAGCAUCCGCAAAGGAAUGCAAAUACAAGAUCCAGAAAUGACUUCCAAGUCUACCCAAGUCAUUCUUCCGAGAUAUGGACACAGUUUGCUGGAAGAUGCCAGGGCAGAGAUAAGAAACUUAGAAAAUGUGGUUGAGGCACAACGAAGUCGCAUUGAAGAACUGGAGCAUUCAACAGAUAUCCUUAGGCAUGAACUACAAAGUAAGGAAAAAGAGUAUGAGGAGAGUUUCUUACAGUUUAGAGAACAACAAGCCACAGAGAAGAGGACCGCAAUCAAGGAGAAUGUUGUUAUGAUAAAGCUGCAAAAACAGCUGGCAGAUAAAACACAUGCUUUCACUGAGAUGGAUGGCAGAUUUCAACAACUUCAACAGGAUCUAAAGUCAAUGAAGACCAGUCAGGAGGCUUUCUUAAGUCAAGUGGAUGAUCUCAACAACCAGUUAAAAGAAGAGCGCUUAAAAAGCUUUAAUCUGGAAAAACGUUUGCAAUCUAGUACAUUAUCACAAAGAAGAACGGAAGAGCUACUUGAUCGAAUCAGUGAUCUUGAAAAAGAAAGGGAUCUGUUGAAGGAAAACUAUGAUAAAAUAUAUAGCAGUGCUUUUGAUGUGAACAAUAGUCAAGAACAGCAGAGGAAGCUAAGGGAACAGCAACUGAUGCUCCAAAUUGCCCAACUAGAGACAGCUCUUAAAUCGGACCUUUCAGACAAAAAUGAGAUGCUUGACAAAAUUAGACAAGAAAAAGAACAAAACGAAAAGCUUGAUGAAGAAAAUAGGAAGCUUAGGUUGCAAGUUUUGGAACAAAAACAACAGCUCGAAGAAUUUCACAGCAGGUUUCGAUUUUUCACAAAGGAGAAUGAUGUGGACAUGGCUGAACUAAGUGAGGCUCUAUUGCUAAUAAAGACACGAAAUCAGCAAAAGAAUAAGAAUCUUAUGUUUUUGGGUAGCAUAGAAGAUGAUUUUAGCAAAGCUUCAGAGAAGUCAACUAAAGAGUUACUAGCAAAUCAUGCAGAGACAGUUCAGGAGCUGGAGAAGACCCGGAACAUGCUGAUUACUCAGCACAAAAUCAACAAGGACUAUCAGACUGAGGUGGAAGUGAUAACCAAGAAGGUGGAAAGUAUCCAACAUGAUUAUGAAAUCAAGUUAGAGCAAUACGCUCAUGCCUUGGAUGUUAGAGCUGCUCGAAUUCGCAAACUGGAAGCCCAGCUGAAGGACAUUGCUUAUGGCACAAAACAAUACAAACUUACUACUGACAUUACACAGGAUGAUGAAGUAGAUGAGUUUGAUGAGACUGUGCACCUUGAACGGGGUGAGAAUAUGUUAGAGAUUCAUAUCUCCAAAAUAGCAUUUUCUCCAACUGCAAUAGAAACUUUUGGUGACCAGGAACCUGCUACCUUUUGCACAUAUGCUUUCUAUGACUUUGAGCUCCAAACAACACCUGUGGUGCGAGGUCUUCGACCUGUCUAUGAUUUCACUUCUCAAUAUCGGAUACGAGUAGAUGACCUUUUCCUGCAAUACAUCCAGAAAAGCACAGCAUCACUGGAAGUACAUAUUGCUUUGGGCACUGACUACAAAACUGUGGCAUUGUGUCAGCUGAGGUUCCAUGAAAUCCUUGAAAAGAGUGGCCGUAUAUUUUCAACAUCAAUGUUGGUUGGUGUUCAAGGUGACACUGAAAGUUAUGGAACAGUAGAUUAUUGGUUCCGGUUGUGUGUACCCAUGGAGCAAGCAAUACGCCUCUAUCAGGAGAGAGCCAAGGCCCUGGGCUUUAUCACAUCUAAUGUUAGAGAACCAAAAGGAAACAAUCAGUCAAUCAUUAUUACAGAGCCUCACCUCUAUACUUCAGCAGAUGACAACCUUAAUAAGUUAUACAUCACCAUAAAAAGCUGUAGCAACCUGAAGUCAAGAUCGAGUCCACAAGAACCAAGUGCCUAUGUUGGCUACACUUUUUUCAGCUUUGCCGACCACUUCACAUCUAUCAUACAGAACAGCGAUAGCCCACAAUUUGAAGACUGCAUGUGCUUCCCAGUGCCAAUGUCUUCUAGCCUAGACCAGUAUCUGAAAUCUGAAGUCCUUGUGUUUUUUGUCUUUGAUGACAAUGACUCAAUUAAUAAAUAUAUUGGAAAAGCCCAGGUGCCACUACUUUCCCUUGCUCAAGACAGGUGCAUCUCAGGAACGUUUGAGCUGACAGAUAAAAAUGGCCAUUCCACAGGUACAAUAAAAGUGACACUUAAGUGGAAUGCUACUUAUCUUCCUCCAAAGACGUCCAUCUUAACAGGCUUGGUGGUGGAUGAAAUGGCAAAAGAAAAAACUAUCCCAGUCCGUUUGCUCAAAGAGGAGGAAUUACAAAUUCCUCAACAACAAGCAUCACUUCCAGAUUCUGUAGUACCCAAGCCAAAACCAAGGCAAAAAGGCAUUGCAGACAAAAAAGUUUCAUUUGUUGAUACCAAUUCAGAAAGCCUGAAUCUUAUUGACCAGACAGUUCAGGAAGAAAGCUCAAGAAGUCAGAAAAGCCAUAUCAAUAUCCUAAAUAUUUCAGAGGUAGCCCAGGUUAAAUUAGAAGAUGAUGUUCAGCAUGAAAGAGCAGUAAAUGAAAGUCUGGCAGAAAAUGAAGAGUUAUCACAACUUUCAGAAGGACAGGUUGAAUCACAAAAUUAUGACUCCUCUGAAGAUGUAACUGAAGAUUUGGAUGGAGAAGAUACAUCCGAUCACGAUGGAAAACAGACAACUGAUGGAAAUGAAUCCACAGAAUCCGACAGCGAUGACUGCAUCAUACCUGUCAGAAAAGAUUUAAAACCGCAAUUUGAAAAAAUCCGUAUAGAGAUCAUCUCUCUUAGCCUCAACUCAACAUCAGAUGUUGCACAGAAUGAUACAAUCCAGAAACUGUUUGUCGAAUACAGAUUCUGCAACAUUGUCACCGAGGAAACACCAGUGUCUCUUCAAAAACCUGCCAGUGGGCUGCAGAUAUACUACAAUUACAGCAAUGUAAUUCAUGUGGAUAAAGAAAAUAACCAGGCAAACAGAGACCUUCUACGAUCUUUGCUUAAUGAUCCUAAUACCAGCAAUGGAAGUGUGAAAUUUACAGUAGUAAGUGACCCACCUGAAGAUGAACAAGAUCUGGAUUGUGACGACAUUGGGUUUGCCAGCAUCAACCUCAGUGAGAUCUUGCAAAGUGGCAAAGAUGUUAUUAACAGGAGUAUUGAGAUUUAUAGCUCACCCUCUGGCGGGGAAGCAAUUGGUAUGCUAACUGUGACAGUGGAAGCCCUGGAAGCUCUACAAUCAGUACUGCGGGAUUGAGAUGCUGUAUAGAACAGGAUUUCUCUUUGAAAAUUCAUGAUUUUGUUAUCAAGGGCUGUUACUAAUUUUUUUUUAAUAAAGGUACAAACCUAAAAACAA